AUGUCUGACACCCUAACCUGCGAACUCGGUAAUGAAAGCAGAGGGGUGUUCAAGCGUGAUGACGUCCCUGUUGGCUUCCAAGUGGCUGCGGCUUCAUGGGAUCUUGCUUUCCGCGGAAUCUCAUCUUUUGGGGGAGCCAUUAUUCAAGCAAAUAUUGCGCUUACCGCCGAAGAUAUAUAUACGGCCCAGCGCCAUACCUACACAGCGUAUCAGACAUGCAGCAGUCGACAAUCUAAUGAUCCUCAAGUCGAUAGCCUACUCAAGACCUUGACGACGGCUAUGAAUGCCUGUGUCCAGAUCCAAGCCACGCAUGUACUGCACAGAAAGGAUUGUGUUGAGCAAAUCUUGGAUCAAUUAUGGUGGCUAGCAUCCGUCAUAGAUGAUCUUGCCCAGAAUUCUGUCCCCAUAUUCCUCAACGAAUACCGUGAACAAGAACUAGCAAGACUCGUCGUAAUCCUCGUCACACCCGACCCAUCCACCGGAGUCAACAGCGCGUCCACUUGCGCCGAUUCCACCACAGUCUACAGCACAAUCGCCAAGGAUGCGCUCCUCUUUACCUUGGAGGGAAUUGUGCAGUCGUCCGACGCCUUUCCGCCCCUGAAGAGCGCGGCUUCUGGGCUGCUGUUCUUCGCGACCUCAGCAGAUAUGGCUUCGUGUAACAAGAAGCAUAUACGCGACAUACACAAGCGCGUCAACAGCCUGGCCGCUUCACUCAGAUCAGGCGCCGAAGAGGGCAGCAUGCUGACAACCGCACAUCAAAAGGCUAUCAGCACUCUUGCAGCCGAUAUCUCUUCGCUCAAAGAAGAACUCGAAGCCAUCGUCAACGAGCGCAAGAAUCGCCUCAGGCGCUUCUUCAGCGCGAAGCGCCAUCGCGAGGAGCUCCAAGACAUCGUAUGGCAGCUGGACAACGCUCGCUCGAACUACACCACGGCGGUUGCGACGCUGAACGCGACGACGAACGCGCAGGUGCUGGCUUAUGUGCGCCCCAUGGCGUUCGUCAUGGGUAUAAACCCGAUAUAUGCGCCCGGUACGCGCCCGGUUGACGCGGCCUCGUUCCCGUUCGGGCCGUCUCGCUUCGACGAGGUUUAA